AUUAUAAAAGGUUCCUACCUUUGAUGUGUGAAAAGAUGGUGACCUACUGAUAACGAAGUUCUGUGAUAAAAAUUGUGAGUGUGGAAGAACCUUUUCUAUCAUACAAACGUUAAUAUCCUAGAUACAGGCAAUGCAUUGGAGCUGGAUACACUUGCAACAGUCAUGAUAAAUACAUCUGUAUGUUACAAUUAUUUGAGUAUUUUAAUAUCCGAUCAUUAGAAAGGAUACCAAUAGCAGUAGUGUUUUUAGUAUGUGAAAACGAUAAAGUUUUUAAAUCGUAUUGUACUGUAUUUAAUGGGUAAUGUGUGUAUUUACUACUAAUUAUAUAUGUAAAACUUACAUAUAAAUAGUUAAGAAAUUAUGAAUUCUCAAAAAUUAUCUUAUUAAAAUAUACUAAAUUGUAUACAAUGUCUCAUUGUGAAGAAGAAGUGGCAUCGUCUGGUUUUCACCAAUUAAGCAUUACUAUUGAAGGUGCUAUAUUAAGAAGUUCUACAUUUUUAAAGCCUAAUCCUUACAUUGAAUUUUCUGUUGAUGAUAAAAGUCCUCGGAAGACAGAAGUUUCAAAAUCCACAUAUCAACCAAAAUGGAACGAGGAAUUUACAAUACUUGUAACUCCAUAUUCGCAAUUACAUUUUCGAUUGUUAGAUCACAGUACAUUCCGAAAAGAUACUUUAAUUGGAGAAAAAAAAAUAAGUCUUUCUCAAGUAUUAUCUCAUUAUAAUGGGAAAUUAGAAAAUAUGGAAGUAACGUUUGAUUUAAUGACUGAAAAUAAACAUGAUUCUCAGUUAUGUAAGGUUGGAGAAUUGAUUACAGUAUUUGAUGGAUUAAGAAUUAACAUGCCAAAUACGUCAUCACUAACUAUUAAUGAAUCACUAUCGUGUCAGACGCAAUCUGGCUGUAUGCCUUAUGAUGGUGUUUCAAAUAAUGAUGCUGUUAGUAAUAGUAGCAUUCUUAAUGGAGGGAUUCGUGCUCGCAUGAGAUUACAUGAACCUAAACAUGUUGCAUCAUCUACAUUUCAUGGAACAUUACCAAAUGUUUAUCAGAACUCUACUUAUAGUAGUGGAAGUAAACAGGCCAAUGCCAAUAAGAAUAAUGAACAAAUUGAGCCCGCUGCAUCGCAUUCAUUAUCAAAUGGGCACGCAAUAUCGCCUGCAGACAAAUCCAUUGUAACAUUACCAGGACGUUUUACAGGAUCUUUACCAGAUGGACGUCAAAUGUCUCGAAUAGAGCAUGUAUCGACAUCUGGUAUAGUAGAUGGAAGAUUUGGUACAUGUACAGAACUAUUUCCAAAGGUUUCUGUCUCGGAAAGUCGUAAUAUUUCUCAACUUGAACAAUCAACAGUAUUACCUGGAACAGUUGGAAUACCUAGAUCAGAUCAAUUAACUGUAGUUAAUACAGAUAUAUGUUCACAUAGUAGAACAGACCAGCCUAUUUCUAAUGAACGUAACUCUCGAACAGAACAAUCUGUAACUGGUCCUCUUUCAGAUAGUUAUGGAACUAUGAGAACGGAUCAAGAUACUACUUCUUUAGUAGAUGGAUGUACAGUUUCUAGAGUAGAUCAACUUAGAAAUUCUGGAUUAACUGAUAGUCAGGGAUAUUCUCAAACAGAGCAAUCUGUAGUAUUUACUUUAUCGGAUGGUUCUCAUUUAGAACAACCUACAGUGUUUCUUAUGACAGAUGGACGUGGAAUCGCACGUUCAGACCCAUCUUCGAUAUUAUCCUUGGAUGAUGCACGUAGAAUUUCUCGUACUGAACAAUAUACAAAUCCUACAACUACUCGUUCAAAUUCCCGAGUAGUACAACGGGUCGCUCCAUUAACAGGACAAACUACUAUGAUACCUGGUCAGUCAACUCAACCUGAAUCUUCAAUAGUACUUGCUGAAGUUGGUCCUACAAAUCAUUCUGAAGAGCCAUUAGCUCCUGGUUGGGAAAUGAGAUAUGACAUGUAUGGGAGAAGGUAUUAUGUUGAUCAUAUGACACGAAGCACUUCUUGGGAAAGACCACAACCUCUGCCACAUGGAUGGGAAGUUCGUAGAGAUCCAAGAGGCAGAAUUUAUUAUGUAGAUCAUAAUAGAAGAACUACAACAUGGCAAAUACCAAAUACAGAAAGAUUACAACAUUUUCAACACUGGCAAGGUGAAAGACAGCAUGUGGUACAACAAGGUAACCAACGGUUUCUUUAUCCUCAAGCACAUGGAAAUCAAGCAGCUAUAGCAGGACCAUCAACAUCAUCCAUAAUCGAUGAUGAUGAUGCUUUGGGACCAUUACCUGCUGGCUGGGAGAGACGUAAACAACCAGAAGGAAGAGUUUAUUAUGUAAAUCAUAAAAAUCGUACUACACAAUGGGAGGAUCCAAGAACGCAAGGACAAGAAACUGGAAUUGAUGAACCACCAUUACCAGAUGGCUGGGAAAUGCGAUUAACUGAAGAUGGAGUUCGAUAUUUUGUAGAUCAUAAUACAAGAACAACUACAUUUCAGGAUCCAAGGCCUGGAGCACCUAAAGGUCCUAAAGGUAUUUAUCGUGUACCAAGAGCAUAUGAAAGAUCAUUCCGAUGGAAAUUAUCACAAUUUCGCUUCUUGUGUCAAACUAAUGCAUUACCGAAUCAUAUAAAAAUUAGUGUCAAUCGACAGACAUUAUUUGAAGAUUCUUAUCAUCAAAUAAUGAAUGCAGAAGCUUUUGCACUGAGGCGCAGAUUAUAUAUCAUAUUUAAAGGGGAAGAAGGGUUAGAUUAUGGAGGUGUAUCAAGGGAAUGGUUUUUCCUGUUGAGUCAUGAAGUAUUAAAUCCAAUGUAUUGUUUAUUUGAAUAUGCCAACAAGAGUAAUUAUAGCUUACAAAUCAAUCCAGCAUCUUAUGUCAAUCCUGAUCAUUUACAAUAUUUUAAAUUCAUUGGAAGAUUUAUAGCAAUGGCUCUUUAUCAUGGACGGUUUAUCUACAGUGGUUUCACUAUGCCGUUUUAUAAACGUAUGUUAAAUAAGAAAUUGGUUAUGAAAGAUAUAGAAUCUAUUGAUCCAGAAUUCUAUAAAUCUCUUGUGUGGAUAAAAGAAAAUAAUAUCGACGAGUGUGGUCUCGAAUUGUAUUAUAGUGUAGAUUUUGAAAUUCUUGGUCAAGUAAUACAUCAUGAAUUAAAAGAGGGUGGUGACAAAAUUAGAGUUAUUGAAGAUAAUAAAGAAGAAUAUAUUAGGUUAAUGACAGAAUGGAGAAUGACCAGAGGUAUAGAGGACCAAACUAAAGCAUUUUUGGAAGGUUUCAAUUCGGUUGUACCAUUGGAAUGGUUGAAAUAUUUUGAUGAACGUGAAUUAGAACUUAUGCUCUGUGGUAUGCAAGAAAUAGAUGUAGAAGACUGGCAACGUAAUACAAUUUAUAGACAUUAUACACGAAAUAGCAAACAAAUCUUAUGGUUUUGGCAGUUUGUAACAAGAACAGAUAGUGAAAAACGAGCUCGACUUUUGCAAUUUGUAACUGGUACCUGUCGAGUACCUGUUGGAGGAUUUGCAGAACUAAUGGGGAGCAAUGGUCCUCAAAGAUUUUGCAUAGAAAAAGUAGGAAAGGAUACAUGGCUACCUAGAUCACAUACAUGCUUCAAUAGAUUGGAUUUACCACCAUAUAAGAGUUAUGAUCAACUAGUAGAAAAGUUAAACUAUGCAAUUGAAGAAACAGAAGGUUUUGGUCAAGAAUAAUUAGAAAUAUACCUUAUGAAACGUAAUAUGCCACUGCCUAUGAAGCGAUGAAGACAAGUUUAAUAUAGUGGUACAAGGUUUUAAUGAUUUUAUUUAUCUUGUUCCCAACACAACAAGAUACAAUUGUUAAGUAAAGAAAUUUCUUUAAAUUAAUGAAUUGAAGACGUUUGUAUUACAUCUUUAUAAAAAAAUCCUUAUAUUCUUUUUAA